GGAGUGUGAAGGAGAAGAUCAGCUGAAGACAUGAGGGAAACACACACCGAGGAAAACUCCGAGCAGCAAACGGACCUGAUGGAAGUGCCAGAGGAGACCAAAGACCUAAGCAAAGAGGAGAAUGAAGAGCCGAGUGAAGAGGACAGCGAAGAAUCCAGCGAAGAGGACAGCGAAGAGGACAGUGAUGCAGUGCUGAGUGCAGAGCUGAGCGAAGAGGACAGCGAAGAGGACAGCGAUGAAGAGCAGAAUCAAACGUCUACCAGAAAGAAGGUGCUACAGAAGAGAGCUGGAGGCAGGAAGACGUGGAGCUGCCGUCAGUGUGGGAAGAGUCUGACCAGUUCAGGAAGCCUUCGAGAUCACAUGAGGAUCCACACCGGAGAGACGCCGUUCUCCUGCAGAUACUGCGGGAAAAGCUUCAAGACCAAAGCACCGCUGACCGAACACCUGAGGAUCCACACGGGGGAGAAGCCCUUCCAGUGCAGCCUGUGCCAGAAGAGCUUCACACACAGAUCCAGCCUGAGAGAGCACACGAGGAUACACGCCGGCAUAAAGGCCUACAGCUGCCAGGAGUGCGGGAAGAGCUUCACCCUCAGACAGUACUACACCACACACCUGAAGACGCACUACAAACACAAGCCGCUCCUCUGCUCGGUGUGCGGGAAAGGGUUUAACUCGCCGGUUCAGCUCAAAGCCCACGAGCCCGUGCACAGCGAACUGAAGCCGUACCACUGCAAUCCCUGCGGGAGGAGCUUCAGACAGGUCUCCUGCCUCCAGAGACAUCUCAAGUCCUUCAUCCACAAUAAAUACAGGCCUCUGGAGAAGCUGACGGAGCAGAUUCGCUCCUCAGGGUUAGGGUUUGAGCAGUUCAUGAUCCAAAGGGGCUUCGGAGGGUUUAAGACCACGACAAACCCCACUGCAGCAAACACUCCCUCACACACACCCCAGCCCUGAACUCCUGACUGCUGAGAUGAUGGAGGAGUUCACCAGGAGGACCGGUCAUUCAGCUGCUGUGACGAGAGAUGAUCAGCUACACUUGUGCAUGAAUAAAUGUGUGUGUGCUAUC